AUGAAAUCGAAGAAGACUGAACAACCACAAUCUGAUCCUAUGCAAGUAGAGAAGGAGGUUACAAAAAGUGUUCAGGAUGGUGUCGAAAAACAAGUUUCUAAGGAGGUAGUUCCAUCGAAGACAUGUAUUCUCAAGAGAACAAAGGAGCCUGCUCAUCGACCUCGUCAUUCUCCUAAACCACCAGUCAUUGAAGAAGUUCAUGUUGAGCCCUUUUUCUCACCUAAAGUGGGAUUUAUAUCGAAGGGGAUAAAGAAAAUACAUAAACCCCAACUUAACAGAGGGGGUGUGCGUAUUCAUGAUGUUCUUGUUCCAGUAUCACCUACCUCGAAGAAACGCAAAGCUCACGAAGUGGUUAAAAAGAUCAAGAAGAAGAGACAAUUGGCUGAUCCACUUGACGACGUUGUUGUUGAACUAAUCCUGAUAGUGGACUCGAAAGGUCACUUAUUCUUCAUGAAACUGGAUUUGGAUUUGAGACAUCUCAAAGGGACUCUCCACUCACUUAUUCUUUCCUCUACCAUCGAAACCACCCUCACUGAUACUUCCACUUCGUUACCAUACUUUUCUUCUCCAAUACCAUCUACACUUCCUUAUUCUACUAUUUCACUAACCUUCUCUAACAUAAUGCAUGAGCCAAUCACAACUCUUUUCUCUUUGAAAUCGACAGAAGGAGAAAAGACUGCUCUAUAA